AUGGUAGAUCCACUAAAGAUCCAGCAACCGGUGAUCGGGAAGCUCCGGUGGUCAAGCAGAUUGCGAGGAGGAGCAGCCGACCUCCGACGACCAUCUGUGGUUCUUUUCUCGUCGUCGACGACCACCAAUCAAAGGGGAAAGGAAGCAACUGGAUCGAAAGGUCAAGGAGUCGUCGAGAAAAUGGAAGGAAUGGUUACCGGUGGUUUUGUCGAUCAGAGUAGGAAGAGGGAAAGGUGGAAGCCGGUGGUUUUCGCAUUUGACAAGGGGCUUGAUAUCAAAACGACAAGAAUAAAUGGAGUGGCCAGAAGAUGUGUUGCCGGAGCAAUUAACAACUACACCAAUCAGCUACUCGACUAUGGCAAACAAACAUCUCAGUAUAAUCUCACAGAAGCGUUGCUCUUUCUUUCUCAUUUCAUGGGAGAUAUUCAUCAGUGGCUACAUGUAAGAUUCACUUCGGAUAGAAGUGGGAACACGAUUAAUGUUCAUUGGUUCACAAGAAAAUCAGAACUUCAUCAUUUUCUCACCAAUCACACCAUCUUCAUUUUGAUUGUAGUAGCUUUCAAAUCCAGGGAGGAUCACAGAAAACAGAUGGAACUUGAAGAAGCCCGAAAAGCUGGGCUUGCUCCUUGGGAUGUUGAUGAAGAUGGAAAAGAAAUUAAUCCAUAUAUUCCUCAGUAUAUGCCAUCUGCUCCUUGGUAUCUCAAUGCAGAGAGACCUCGUUUAAAACAUCAAAGGAAAUGGAAGUCAGAUCCCAAUUACACAAAGUCAUGGUAUGACAGAGGAGCAAAAAUAUACCAAGCUGAUAAGUACAGAAAGGGUGCAUGCGAAAAUUGUGGAGCUAUGACACACACAACCAAGACACGCAUGGAGAGGCCACGUAAGCUAGGGGCAAAAUGGACAAGUAAAAAUCUAGCACCUGAUGAGAAAAUAGAGACUUUUGAGCUUGAUUAUGAUGGAAAAAGAGACAGGUGGAAUGGGUAUGAUGCAACAUCUUAUGCUCAUGUGAUUGAACGAUAUGAAGCUUGUGAUGAAGCUAGAAAUAAAUUCUUGAAAGAUCAACAACUUAAGAAGUUAGAGGAAAAGGGUAACACAAACUUUGGUCUUGGAGGCCCUCUCACAGAUUCAAACACUGACAUUAUUGCAUUAAAGAACUACAUGGAUGCUCAGUAUUAUGGUGAGAUUGGUAUUGGAACUCCCUCUCAAAAGUUCAUUGUGAUCUUUGAUACUGGAAGUUCUAAUCUAUGGGUGCCUUCUUCAAAGUGCUACUUUUCAGUUGCUUGCCUUUUUCACUCAAAGUACAAGGCGAUCCAUUCAAGCACCUAGAAGAAAAAUGGGACAUCUGCUGCUAUUCAAUAUGGAACUGGAGCUAUCUCUGGUAUCUUUAGCCAAGACUUUGUCCAACUUGGUGAUCUUGUUGUUAAAGAACACGAUUUUAUAGAGGCAACAAAAGAACCUAGCAUCACUUUCUUAGCAGCCAAGUUUCAUGGUAUUCUUGGCCUUGGAUUUCAAGAAAUCUCUGUUGGAAAUGUUGUUCCUAUGUGGUACAACAUGGUAAAUCAAGGCGAUCCUAAUCACUUUAAGGGCAAACACACAUAUGUACCUGUGGCUCAAAAGGGUUAUUUAUUUUUUGAUAUAGGCGAUGUCCUUAUUGGAGAUACAACUACUGGAUUUUGCAGUGAUGGUUGUGCAGCAAUUGCGGAUUCUGGAACCUCUUUGUUAGCAAGUCCAACGAAUGAGAAGUUCUAUGCUAUGAGGUUCAAGCAACUGAACAUACAUGCGUGGGAAGCAUUUGAGAAGGGCAAUGAUGUCCAUAUGCAAUCUGCUCCUUCACAAGCUGAAUUGUUGUAUAAGAAUUAUAAAGUGAACAAAGAGAAGCUAAAAUCUCAAGUGAAGGAGAAGUUGAAUAUGAUCGUGCUGGAAGAAUCAUCAAAGACCAGUUAUUUGGACUUUAAUACUAUGCUCAAUGAAAUUCUUUUUCGGAUUAAUCCCAUAAAAGGCCUUACAUUUUGCAAAAGCAUUGCUUCCAAAAAAGACCCGGAAUCUAGCAAAAAGCAUGAAGACAUCAAGCAACCAAGUCUCCUUCCAUUGCAGGAAAAACUAAGUGGAAUUUGGUUCUCCUAA